UUUUGUUUUCACAUGAUAUGGGAAACUGGGGCAAUGUGGCGGCUUCCGGGGAUCUUUUGCAGAGCCUUGAACCGCCUCCAUGCUAAUGUCCCUGGAUGUGUGCACGGAGAGGCAGAGGCUCUGAACCCUUCAUCAUUGAUUCCAUUGGGGCAGAAUGCUGGUGGGAAAAGUUCUACGUUCACUUCAUCUGGCUCCCAACAUAAGCAGAAUGGAAAAGAUGAAAAGAAAAAGGAAAAGUAUCAAUCUUUUACUUGCAAGCUACCACAGUACACUGUCUUUGAUGCCUUCAGAUGGGGAGCUGCAGCUGCAUUUUUCUGGCACUUGGCCGGACAGAUAUCCAGAAGCUGUUCUCUCAACACAUCCAAGGAAGACAAGUCACCUCGCAGUACGUAUGUGGAACAAAUAAUACGAACCCUUGCACAAAGACAUAAAGUCUUUCUAAGGUCCCAUAUUGUUCCAAAAACCGGCCAGGCUUAUGCGUGGAAUGGAUUUUAUUUGGAAGAGGAAUCCAGCCCUCAAGCAGAGGAUACUUCUCAUGAAGGGUUAUUGUCAGGUUCCUCAUCUGGGAAUGUGGAUAUUCAGUUUACUACCGAUCAAGAUGAAUCAGAGGCUGGAAACUGGAGAAAUCUUAGAACUAUUAGCAACUCCACACCAACAUCAGAGCUUGACAGUGAAGAUAGCUCUAUAGAACAAAGCCCAGAGUUGCAUAUAAGUGAUGGGGAGCUGGAGGAAUCUGUGCAAGUGGCUGCAUCCCAGCUGUUAAACGUGACCACAAAUAGUAUGCCUGUUGUGCUGAAUAUCUUCGGAAUAGUCAAUGCGAGAGACAACGCUGAUUACAGUCUGGCUUUCCGCUGCUUCCUGGAGUCUGCAAAGAGCGGAUACAGCAAGGCUCAGUACAACACAGCUGUAUGCUAUGAGCAAGGGAGAGGUGUCACUAAGGAUAUGACAAAAGCUGCAGAAUAUUACCUCUUGGCAGCUAAUCGUGGGCAUCGCAGGGCUCAGUAUCGCUUUGCACGUUACCUCUUACAUUCAAAAGCUAAUCCUAAUCCUGAGGACACCCAGAUAGCUGUACAGAUGCUCCAGGAAGCUGCUCAUGCUGGGCUAAAGGAGGCGCAAUCCUACCUAGGAGUUUUGUAUAGCAGAGACACCGAUCUGGAUCCUCAAAAAGCUGUGAGAUACCUAUGGAUGGCUGCUGAAAAUGGGGAUGUACAAAGUAGAUAUCAUCUUGCAGUCUGUUAUGAAAAAGGAUUUGGAGUCCCAGAGGACAGGUGGGAGGCACAGAAACAUUAUGAAAGGGCAGCAAAAACAGGACAUCGGCAAGCUCAGUUGAAACUGCAAGAGAUGCAGCAGGAGGAAGGACUGAGCUCUCGCUCCAACAGUCUCAGAGGAGCAGCAUCCAGCCCCUGCCUUCCUGUUCUGGAGAGAUCAAGUAUACUGACAAGAGGCAACAACAUACUUGCUGCCAAAAGAGCCAAUUACUCUGGUCUACCUUACUCAAUGAGUACUGGGAACCUGCUGGUAAUGUCCUCUUUGGACAAUAGGAACUGCAACCUAGUACCAUUACCCAUGAAAAAUUGUGGACAUCCUAUGGCCUCUCUCAGAGCGAUUGGGGUUGGGUGAGCAAAUUUGCAGGUCUCAUAUCUGAGAGCACUUAAAAUCCAUGUCCUAGCACAAUCAGGCUUGUCCUGUUGCACUCUGGCUUUGGGUCAGUUAUGCAUAUUUAUCAUGGUAUUCUGUCCCUUCUGGUUUAUUCUUUAGUUAAACUUUGCAUUUUUAUAAGCCCCCCUCCCCCAAAAUAAACAAACAAAUAGGGCCGGAUUACAAGUGGUGUGCUAAGUUAGGCGCGAGCAAAAAGAGUUUAUCACCUCUGUUUGCACGUCAGUUGUAGUGCUCGUAUUACAAGUUGAAUGUAGUCGCCAUCGCUUGAGCACAAUUGAAGUUAAUGCUCGUCAAAAUAGCGUAUCCUCAGAGCUCUGGUUAACUGUUUCACAAAACAGUGUCACAAAACGCAUCAAAAAUACAUUUUACAGUACAGUUACACUCAUAACACCAUCUCUAAUAAAAAUUAUUAAGGGUCUACAUACAUAUAAAUGUCAUAUACAGUAUAUAUAUAUAUAUAUAUAUAUAUAUAUAUAUAUAUACACAUAUAAACACAUAAAUAUAUAUAUAUAUAUAUGUGUGUGCAUAAAGUGUUAUACUGUGUACUAUUUUUAAAUAGAAAUUCCUAUAUAUCUGUAUAUAUCUAUGCUUAUAUAUAAUCGUGUGUGUAUAGAUAUAUAUUGUACCACAAUACCAUCAGAUAUAUGUAGAAAUAUUAUAGAAUAAUUGUAAAUAGACAUACAACCUGGUCCAGCACUUCUUUUUCCAGGUUGUAUGUCUAUUUACAAUUAUUCUAUAAUUGUCUAAUCGUGCUCACUCCCUGACGAGGUUAAACCAUCAAGGUAUUCUUUUCAAAUUAUAGGUUUUUCUCUUGGAGAUUAAUUUACUGCCUUCUCCAAUUUCUUCAUUUAUAUGUAGAAAUAAGUAUUUAUGAAUAAAUAGAACAUAUUCUGUUAAGUGCAGACCAUUGGAAUUUUAAAUAUUCAUCUUUUCACGUUGGGUUAGCGCACUUGAGAACAUGCAGUUGGGUUUGCACAUGAGUAAGGUUUUCUUUGCUCCAUUGACCUCUAUGGGGGAAUACGUUAACAAGCGAUAUCCUAACUUAAACUUUUUGGCCACAUCGGGUUAGUAUGCAAGCAAAAAGUUUAUUUCCAGCUGAGCGUUAAAUACUGCUCCACUUGUAUUCUGGCCCAUAAUGUCUCUAUGACUUUACUUGUGUGAUGCACUUUUCUAAAGGGACAGUAAACUGUAUUUAAAUUGUUUCUGUAGUCUUCAGAUAUGUUAACAUAAAAUCAGAGUCUGAAUGUUAUUAAAGGGACAUAAAGCCCAGGCAUAUGAUUUAGAUAAAGAAUAUGAUUUCUCUUGUAAGAUGUAUCGAGUCCACGGAUUCAUCCUUUACUUGUGGGAUAUUCUCCUUCCCAACAGGAAGUGGCAAAGAGAGCACACAGCAGAGCUGUCCAUAUAGCUCCCCCUCUAGCUCCACCCCCCAGUCAUUCUCUUUGCCGGCUUUAAGCAAUUGGAAGUGUAAAGUGAAUGUGGUGUUAGAAAUGUAGUUUUUAUUUUCUACAAGCAAAAGUUUGUUAUUUUAAAUGGUGCCGGUGUGUACUAUUUACUCUCUAGCAGAAAGGAGAUGAAGAUUUCUGCAGGGAGGAAGAUGAUUUUAGCAUGUUGUAACUAAAAUCCACUGCUGUUCCCACAAAGGACUGAGGAGUACAAGAAAACUUCAGUUGGGGGGAACGGUUUGCAGGUUAGGCUGCAAAAAAGGUAUGUUCAGUCAUUUAUUUCUAGACAAGACUGUGAUAAUGCUAGAAAGGACUGAUAAUAUCCCCAUGAGGGAAGGGUAAGCUAUAUUCAGAGUAUGGAAUUUUAAGCUUACAUAACAGGGCUAGUUUAUGCUGGUUGACACUAUUUUAUGGCAAACGGUUUUUUAUUGAAAAUAUCGUUUUUUGAGACACUUUGAAGGUUCCUUUGGGUUUCUUUCAGGGGUUGUUACCCACAUGGCUAAUAUUAAAACACUUUGGAGUGUUUCUUUAGGCCUCACAAGCACCGGAGUGAGGUGUGAGGGGCCUAAUUUUGCGCUUCUGUUGCGCAGUUAUAUUUGACUAGACGUUCAGGCUGUUUCACAUGGAGGGUCUUGCUGCAGUUUGAGGGCCUAUAAGAAGCUUUUUCCCCACAAAUCUGGUUCCUAAGGGAUGGUAGGGCCACAGCAGAGCUGUGGCAAGGUGCUGAACGUUUAUUUAACCGGUAUUUUGGCUUACUGUCGAUCCGGUUUGGGCAUUAUGGGGUUAAUCUUUUUAUUGCUAGUGGUGCAAUCUUACUAAUGCUUUAGGUACAUACUGUAAAAAUUUCGAAACGUUUGCUGCAUUUUUCACUGUUUUGCAAAAUUGUGUGCCUUUUUUAUCUCUUAAAGGCACAGUAACGUUUUUUUUCAAAGUGUCUUUUUACUGGAUUAAAGUGAUUUCCAAGCCUGCUUGUUUUAAUACUAGUCUGUUAAACAUGUCUGACACCAAGGAAAAUCCUUGUUCAAUGUGUUUAGAAGCCAUGGUGGAACCCCCCCUCAGAAUGUGUCCCACUUGUACUGAUAUGUCUAUACACUUUAAAGAACAUAUUGUUGCACUUAAAAAUGUGGCCCAAGAUGAUUCUCAGACAGAAGGUAACGAGGUUAGUCCGUCAACCUCUCCCCAAGUGUCACAACCAGUUACGCCCGCUCAAGCGACGCCUAGCACCUCUAGUGCGUCUAACUCUUUUACCUUGCAAGACUUGGCGGCAGUUAUGAAUUAUACUCUCUCAGUGUUUUUAUCUAAACUGCCCGUGUUGCCUGCAAAGUGUGAUAGCUCUGUUUUAAGAACAGAUUCUGACGCUUUAGUAGCCGUAUCCGAUAUACCCUCACAACGCUCUGAAGUGGGGGCGACGGAUGUGCUGUCUGAGGGAGAAAUUUCCGAUUCAGGAAAGGUUGCUCCUCAGACGGAUUCAGAUACGUUGGCUUUUAAAUUUAAACUAGAACACCUCCGCUUAUUGAUCAGGGAGGUAUUAGUUACUCUGGAUGACUGCGACCCUAUGGUGGUUCCAGAGAAAUUGUGUAAAAUGGACAAGUACCUUGAAGUUCCUGUUUACACUGAUGUGUUCCCGGUCCCUAAGAGGAUUGCGGAUAUUGUUACUAGGGAGUGGGAUAGACCAGGUAUUCCCUUUGUUCCCCCUCCUGUUUUUAAGAAAAUGUUCCCCAUUUCUGACCCCAUGCGGGACUCGUGGCAGACGGUCCCUAAGGUGGAGGGGGCUAUUUCUUCACUUGCUAAAUGCACAACCAUACCAAUUGAAGACAGUUGUGCUUUUAAAGACCCUAUGGAUAACAAAUUAGAGGGUUUACUUAAGAAACGUUUUGUUCAACAAGGUUUUCUUCUCCAACCUAUUGCGUGCAUUGUUCCUGUAACUACUGCAGCUGCUUUCUGGUUCGAGGCGCUGGAAGAUGCGCUCCAGACGGAGACCUUAUAUGAGGACAUUAUGGACAGAAUUAAGACUCUUAAGCUGGCUAAUUCUUUUAUCACAGAUGCCACUUUCCAACUAGCUAAGUUAGCGGCAAAGAAUUCAGGUUUCGCCAUUUUAGCGCGCAGGGCGCUAUGGCUAAAGUCCUGGUCGGCCGAUGUGUCGUCAAAAUCCAAACUCUUGAACAUCCCUUUCAAAGGAAAGACCCUCUUUGGGCCUGAAUUGAAAGAGAUUAUUUCAGAAAUCACUGGGGGAAAAGGCCAUGCUCUCCCUCAGUACAAGUCCUUUAAGAUAAAGAACAAACAAAAUAAUUUUUGUUCCUUUCGGAAUUUCAGGAGCGGUCUCGCUUCAUCCUCCCCUGCUACAAAGCAAGAGGGUAAUGCUUCACAACCCAGGUCAGCCUGGAAACCUUACCAGGGCUGGAACAAGGGUAAACAGGCCAAGAAGCCUGCAGCUGCCUCCAAGACAGCAUGAUGGGGUAGCCCCAGAUUCGGGACCGGAUCUAGUAGGGGGCAGACUCUCUCUUCGCUCAGGCCAGGGCAAGAGACGUACACAAUCCCUGGGCCUUAGAGAUUGUAUCCCAGGGAUAUCUUCUAGAAUUCAAGGACUCCCCUCCAGGGGAAGGUUUCACAUUUCCCGUCUAUCUACAGACAUGACAAAGAAAGAGGCGUUCUUACGCCGUGUAGAAGACCUACAUACAAUGGGAGUGAUCCACCCAGUUCCAAUUGCGGAACAAGGGCUGGGUUUUUACUCAAACCUGUUUGUGGUUCCCAAGAAAGAUGGAACUUUCAGACCAAUCCUGGAUCUAAAAAUUCUAAACAAAUUCCUCAGAGUCCCAUCAUUCAAGAUGGAGACCAUUCGGACAAUCUUACCAAUGAUCCAGGAGGGUCAAUAUAUGACUACCGUGGAUCUAAAGGAUGCGUAUCUACACAUUCCUUUGCACAAAGAUCAUCACCAGUUUCUCAGGUUUGCCUUUCUGGACAAGCAUUAUCAGUUUGUGGCUCUUCCUUUCGGGUUGGCCACUGCUCCCAGAAUUUUCACAAAGGUGCUAGGUUCCCUCCUGGCGGUUCUAAGACUGCGGGGCAUAGCAGUGGCGCCUUAUCUAGACGACAUCUUAAUUCAGGCGUCGACUUUCCAUAGAGCCAAGUCUCACACGGAAAUUGUAUUGGCCUUUCUGAGGUCUCACGGGUGGAAGGUGAACAUCAAAAAGAGUUCUCUCUCCCCCCUCACAAGAAUUUCCUUCCUAGGAACCCUAAUAGACUCGGAAAUGAAAAUAUUUCUGACUGAGGUCAGAAAGUUAAAACUCUUAACUACUUGCCGAGCUCUUCAUUCCAUUCCUCGGCCAUCUGUAGCUCAGUGCAUGGAGACAAUCGGAUUAAUGGUAGCGGCAAUGGACAUAGUCUCUUUUGCACGGAUACACCUCAGACCACUGCAACUAUGCAUGCUCAAACAGUGGAAUGGGGAUUAUGCAGAUUUGUCUCCUCAAAUACAGUUGGACCAGGGGACCAGAGAUUCUCUUUUCUGGUGGUUGUCUCAGGAUCACCUGUCUCAGGGAAUGUGUUUCCGCAGACCAGAGUGGAUCAUCGUAACGACCGACGCCAGUCUGUUGGGCUGGGGUGCAGUCUUGGGACUCUCUGAAAGCUCAGGGCUUAUGGUCUCGGGAAGAAGCUCUUCUUCUGAUAAACAUUCUGGAAUUGAGGGCUAUAUUCAAAGCUCUUCAGGCAUGGCCUCAGCUAGCUGCAGCCAAAUUCAUCAGAUUUCAGUCGGACAACAUCACGACUGUAGCUUACAUCAAUCAUCAAGGGAGUUCCCUAGCAAUGAUGGAAGUAACCAAAAUAAUCAGGUGGGUGGAGGAUCACUCUUGCCAUCUCUCAGCAAUUCACAUCCCAGGAGUAGACAACUGGGAGGCGGAUUUUCUAAGUCGUCAGACUUUUCACCCGGGGGAGUGGGAACUCCACCCGGAGGUAUUUGCCAGCUGACUCAGCUAUGGGGCACUCCAGAAUUGGAUCUGAUGGUGUCCCGUCAGGACACCAAGCUUCCUCUUUACGGGUUCAGAUCCCGGGAUCCCCAGGCAGUGCUGAUAGAUGCUCUAGCAGCGCCUUGGUCCUUCAAUCUGGCCUAUGUUUUUCCACCGUUUCCUCUCCUCCCUCGUCUGGUUGCCAGAAUCAAGCAGGAGAGGGCUUCGGUGAUUCUAAUAGCGCCUGCGUGGCCACGCAGGACCUGGUAUGCAGACCUAGUGGACAUGUCAUCUGUCCCACCAUGGACACUACCAAUGAGGCAGGACCUUCUAAUACAAGGUCCUUUGAAACAUCCAAAUCUAAUUUCUCUGCGUCUGACUGCUUGGAGAUUGAACGCCUAAUUCUAUCAAAGCGUGGUUUCUCUGAGUCGGUUAUUGAUACCCUGAUUCAGGCUAGAAAGCCUGUCGCCAGGAAAAUCUACCAUAAGAUUUGGCGAAAAUAUCUUUUUUGGUGCGAAUCCAACGGUUACUCAUGGAGUAAGAUUAGGAUUCCCAGGAUAUUGUCUUUUCUCCAAGAAGGAUUGGAGAAAGGAUUAUCAGCUAGUUCCUUAAAAGGACAGAUAUCUGCUUUGUCUAUUCUUUUACACAAACGUCUGGCAGAGGUACCAGACGUUCAAGCGUUUAGUCAGGCUUUAGUCAGAAUCAAGCCUGUUUAUAGACCUGUGACUCCGCCAUGGAGUCUGAAUUUAGUUCUUUCAGUUCUGCAAGGGGUUCCGUUUGAACCUUUACAUUCCAUAGAUAUUAAAAUUUUAUCUUGGAAAGUUUUGUUUUUGGUAGCUAUCUCCUCUGCUCGAAGAGUUUCAGAGUUAUCUGCUUUAUAGUGUGAUUCACCUUACCUGGUUUUCCAUGCAGAUAAGGUAGUUUUGCGUACCAAACCCGGUUUUCUUCCUAAGGUUGUGUCUAAUAAGAAUAUUAAUCAGGAAAUUGUUGUUCAUUCUCUGUGUCCUAAUCCUUCUUCGAAGAAGGAAUGUCUGUUACACAAUCUUGAUGUUGUUCGUGCUUUAAAGUUCUAUUUACAAGCAACUAAGGAUUUCAGACAAACAACUUCAUUGUUUGUUAUCUAUUCUGGUAAGAGGAAAGGUCAGAAGGCGACUGCUACCUCUCUUUCCUUUUGGCUGAAAAGCAUCAUCCGUUUUGCCUAUGAGACUGCUGGCCAGCAGCCUCCCGAAACAAUUACUGCUCAUUCUACCAGAGCAGUGGCUUCCACAUGGGCUUUUAAAAAUGAGGCUUCUGUUGAACAGAUUUGCAAGGCAGCGACGUGGUCUUCGCUGCAUACUUUUUCCAAAUUUUCCAAAUUUGAUACUUUUGCUUCUUCGGAGGCUAUUUUUGGGAGAAAGGUUUUACAAGCAGUGGUGCCUUCCGCUUAAGGUACCUGUCUUGUUCCCUCCCUUCAUCCGUGUCCUAAAGCUUUGGUAUUGGUAUCCCACAAGUAAAGGAUGAAUCCGUGGACUAGAUACAUCUUACAAGAGAAAACAGAAUUUAUGCUUACCUGAUAAAUUACUUUCUCUUGUGAUGUAUCGAGUCCACGGCCCGCCCUGGAUAUUAAGUCAGGUAGUUUUUUUGUUUAAACUACAGUCACCACUGCACCCUAUGGUUUCUCCUUUUUCUUCCUAACCUUCGGUCGAAUGACUGGGGGGUGGAGCUAUAUGGACAGCUCUGCUGUGUGCUCUCUUUGCCACUUCCUGUUGGGAAGGAGAAUAUCCCACAAGUGAAGGAUGAAUCCGUGGACUCGAUACAUCACAAGAGAAAGUAAUUUAUCAGGUAAGCAUAAAUUCUGUUUUUAAGCGACUUUCCAUCUAUUAUCUAAUUUGCUUCAUUCUCUUGGUAUCCGGUGUUGAAAGGAUUACCUAGGUAGGCUUAGGAGCAGAAAUGCAUUACUGGGAGCUAACUGCUAAUUGGUAGCUGCACAUAUAUGUCUCUUUUUAAUUGGCUUAGCUGAUGUGUUCAGCUAGCUCCCAGUAGUUCAUUGCUGUUCAUGCAGCAAACCAUACCAAGAGAACAAAGCAAAUUUGAUAAUAGAAGUAAAUUGGAAAGUUGUUUAGAACGGCAUGCUCUAUCUGAAUCCUGAAAGACAAAUGUUGGGUUUCAUAUCCCUUUAACCCCUUGAGUGCUAAUGACGGCUCUGAGCAGUUGCAGAGAUUCCCACUCUGGUGCUAACGACGGCUCAGACCCGUCGCUAGCACUCUCCCACCUUGAGGGAGAUCUGGGGGCUCCCACCCGCUUUUACCCCGACGAUCAGGCCUGCAUAGUGACAGGCAUCGCCGGGGCUUCACAUUAUGUGCAGUGACGUCACGCGCAAUGACAGAUAGGCAAAUAGGCAAACUCCAUCCACCACUUUCUUUAUUUGGAGGAGCGAAUCUGGACUUGAGUCUGCAGAUGACAGUGCUUGCCACUGUCAUUGUGUUAACAAAAUAUCCAUUGUUUGGAUUCAGCAUAAAAGAUAAGAUAACAAACUGCACAUUAGGGGCUUACAGGGAAACAGUGCAAAAUGAAUCAUGAAAGUAUAUUGGAAAGUUUUACUAUACCCAGUGAAACAUUUUAUAGUGUUUUACUAUCACGUUAAUACAGGAUAUUAUUUAAAUAUAAUAAAAUAAACUGGAGUCACAGUUUAAUUUAAAGACUUUCUACAGUUUUAUUUUAGAACCAGUCCUUUAAACUUCUUGCUUGGCUAUGACUAGCUAAAGAGCGGUGCAUUUAUCCUUAACUAAUUGUCCUGCAUCUUGUUUAGGGAACCUAAACAAUAUUAAUACAUUAAGUAUACUGAUUAUAUGUAUAGCUAAGCAGAGAGGACAGGUAGUUAAUAUGAUGUAAACAUAAGAACAAAUACUUUAGAAUUGUAUAAUCAACAAAAGGUAAUGCAAUAGCACUUAGCAUUUUAAAUGAGCAGCAGUUUUUGUUUUGUUUUGUUUUUUUACAAAUUUCAAAAAUGUACUUAAAGGGACACUGUACCCAAAUUUUUUCUUUCAUGAUUCAGAUAGAAAAUGCAAUUUUAAGCAACUUUCUAAUUUAAUCCUAUUAGAAAAUGUUCUUCAUUCUCUUGGUAUCUUUAUUUGAAAAGCAAGAAUGUAAGUUUAGAAGCCGGACCAUUUUUGGUGAACAACCUGAGUUGUUCUUGCUGAUUGGUGGAUUAAUUCACCCACCAAUAAACAAGUGCUGUCCAGGGUUCUGGACUUUCUUUUUCAAAUAAAGAUAGCAAGAGAACGAAGAAAAAUUUAUAAUAGGAGUAAAUUAGAAAGUUGCUUAAAUUUUUUUAUGAUUUAGAUAGAGCAAUCAAUUUUAAACAUUCAAAUUUACUUCUAUUAUCAAUUGUUAUUUGUUAUAUCUUUUGUUGAAAAGCAGGGACAUAUGUAUAGAAACUGGCCCAUUUCUGGAACACUAUAUAGCAGAAGUUUUGCAAGAAUGUUGUCCAUUUGCAAGAGUACUAGAUGGCAGCACUAGUUCCUGACAGUUAGUGCUCUAGAUACCUACUUCGGUAUCUCUUCAACACAGAAUACAAUGGAAAUGAAGCAAAUUCAAUAAUUGAAGUAAAUUUGAAACUUUUAAAAAUGGUAUGCUGUGUCUAAAUCAUAAAAUACAUUUUUUGGGUUUCAUAUCUCUUAAAUUCUGACUUUAAUGUUCCUUUAACUAAGGCAAAGCUGAGCAUUAAGGGACAUUAAACUCAAAUCUGAAUCCCUUUUAAAAUAAUUGAAUUAUUAAAAAUGUAACAACAUUGCACUAUGCAUUCACUAUUUUGCUUGUUUGUUUGUUUUUUGUAAAACCUAAUUAGAUUGCAAAAUGCUGCGUGUAAGUGAACCAGUUCCAAACUACACAGUUAUUGCCUAGAGUAGAACACAAAGUAAUUUACAGGUAGCCUUAACUAUCUACAGGAACAUUUAUUUUACAUACAGAUCUUUUGCAAUUCAGCAUUUUACUGCUGAUAUAUACUGUGCCUAAAUUAAAAAAAUAUAUAUUUAUGUCCGUCCGUGGAUGGUAAAUCGCACCCAGUGUGCUGUUUCCUUUCUGUAUUACUAGUGACUAUUGUGCUAGUUCACCUUCUCUAAGCACUACACCAUAAAUAUUUCCACUGUAAAGGCAAUUGGUCGGAUUAGAAGACUUAUUUUUAAGGUAGCAGCAGGAACUAAAUAAUACAACCUCUAUUAUGGACACUGCUUACGCUAUACAGCCGUCGCAUGAGAAUGGCGUAUUAAUAUCCACAGUGGAUGGAAAUCAGGCAUAUUUUUUUUAAAAGUGUAUAUAUAUUUUAUAAUAUAUUUAUAAUCAUACUUGGUAUCUUCUGUUCCCCCCCCCCCCUUUAUUUGCUCUUUUGGCUGGGCUACCUGUGAUAUAGAGAACAAUCCCACUCAUUGUCUACAUAGGCUUCCUCAGUGCUUUCAAAGGGCUGUACUUCAAGAGUGUCAUAUGACACACAAACUGAUUGGAUGUUCAUUGGAAUGGUCAUAUAAAAAAAUAGGCUGGCAUAAUAUUGUAAUAGAAACAUUACUAUAGGCACGGAUUUAACCCUUGUCACGGACAUAUUUAAAAAAAAAAGUAAACAUAUAGUUUUUUGAUGGCAAAGAUUACAUAUAUGGCAUUUGAUUAGCUAAAGUUUACCAUCACUUUAAUUUUCAUAAAAUAGUUGUAUCUGUGACUUUACCCCUUGAUUCCAUCUUUUGCAAAAAAAAGUAAUGAUCACUGAGAUACCAAAGGAUUAAAAAGAACAUUUAAACUCUAACAUUUCUUUCACAAUUAAGAUAGUGUAAAAUUGAAAAGGAAAAAAAAAAACUUUCCAAUUGAAUUUUGAACAUGGUCAGAAGAUGCAAACCGCUAAUUAAAAUGAAGGCAUGCUCCAACAUGAUUUGGCAACAGAGUUUUGUGUAGUCCCAGUCUGUAUGGUGCUGUAUCCUAGAGCAGUGAUUCUCAACCCAAGUGACCUCAAGGCCCAGUAAAUUUUAGCCUGCGUGGGCUGGUAUCACUGCAGUGCCCAGGUCCAGUCCGAUAUGCUCCAUGUCCCACGCUGGUUUCCCACUGGACUGCCGCUACAUGUGCACAGGCCUGCCCAGUAUUUCUUAUGUGUGGAGCGACAGGCCUGUCACAGCUCGCAGUGAGGGCAUUUCAAGUCGUGGCCCACCAGGAGGGGUUGUCAAGGCCUGGUACUGGGCCGUGACCCGGCUGUCAAGAAACCAGGUCCUAGAGGAUAAAACCUUUAAUGGUAUCCUGGUAGCAUGUAUUUAUGUCCACAAUGGAAGUCAGACUACAUACACAAAGUAUAUCUAGAAACCUAAGUCUGGGUAUUAAAGGACAUCUAUAUUAUUAUUUUUUCUCUAUAGGAUCCACACAUUACAUGAUCCUAUAGAAAGAUCUAAAGAUGAAGUACUUACGUCACUUGCUGUUUUUUUCUUAAUAGAAUGUCAUAAUUUAACACUAAGCACUUGCUGUGAAUCCACACCGGACAUGUUAGCCUACGCUCUUCCUCAAGCAAUUAAACUCAAAAUACAAAUCCACAGGAAACCAGUCUUCAUUAGAGCUUCCCUAUAUUUUCUUGUUUUUCAUAUCCAGGCACCCACUAGAUAAUGUAUUUAAGGCAUGCGGGAUGUUUUUGUUAUUGACAAUUCUGAGCAUUGUUAGAAAACAAAAGUCAGUUUGUGCCAAAUCUAAAUAUUUUGUUGGAAUGUCUUCCUAUUGAAAGAGUGUCAAACAAAUGCUAUUUUUAUCCUUCCAAAAUAUAAAUAUUUUUUCCAA